UUGAUGUGGUCCUGUGUCCUCUAACGUGACCGACAGAAGCAUGGCUCGCGCCGCAGAGAGGCUCCGGCUGGUGGUGGGUCACAUUGACCGCUCUCCAUCUUCCAUCAUCUGUGAACCGACUUCUGCUCAAGCUUUCACCAACAGUCAGCCUCAAAAACUGAGGUACUCCUUCGACACGGGUCUGCUGACCCCACAGCAGCGCCUCUUCUACGAGGAGAACGGCUUCCUCCUCAUCAGGAACCUGGUGUCCGAGGGUGACAUUGAAAGAUUCAGAAAGGAGUUUGAGCGCAUCUGCCGACAGGAAGUGAAAGUUCCCGGCCUGGUGGUGAUGCGGGACGUGGCCAUCGCCAAAUCGGAGUUUGUUCGAGAUCAGAAGGCCGUGUCAAAGCUCCAGGACUUUCAAGAAGACCCUGAACUGUUUCGGUACUGCUCCUUACCGGAGAUCCUGAAGUAUGUGGAGUGUUUCACUGGACCAAACAUCAUGGCCAUGCACACCAUGCUGAUCAACAAGCCCCCCGAUGCAGGUAAGAAGACAUCUCGCCAUCCGCUGCACCAGGAUUUGCAUUACUUCCCCUUCCGGCCUACGGACCGCAUCGUCUGCUCCUGGACGGCGAUGGAGAAGGUGACCCGGCAGAACGGCUGCCUGGUUGUCCUGCCUGGAACACACAAGAGCACACUGCAGGAGCACGACUAUCCUGAAUGGGAGGGCGGGGUAAACAAGAUGUACCACGGAGUGCGGAACUACGACCCAGAUCACCCCAAAGUGUAUGUGGAGAUGGAGAAAGGUGACACCGUCUUCUUCCACCCUCUGCUCAUCCACGGCUCUGGAAUGAACCAGACACAAGGCUUCAGAAAGGCCAUCUCCUGCCACUAUGCCAGCAGUGACUGUUACUACAUCGAUGUGAAGGGAACCACACAGGAGAACAUUGAGAACGAGGUGUCGCAGAUUGCAGAGAAGAAGUACGGCAUGGGGGAUGUCAGCUUCAUGGAUACCUGGGCCAUCCGUGGUCGCCUGGUGCAGGGGGAGAGGAUCUCCAUGUGAAGACGCACCGCAGAUAUCAGCAGCACAGCCAUAGAAAUGAAUGGCAUAGAUCUGGAGAAUAAUUCCACUAACGGAGGAUCUGAAUGUUUAGUGCAAAGAGGAAAACGUGUGUGAGAAAAGUGAAGUGUGGGAGGAGGAGGAGGGACAGGAAACAAAGAGAAAGACAGGAAAGAAGCUAAAAGUACGUCUGUCAGUGGUGUGUUUGUUUCAUGAAAUGAAGCCUUAAUCUGACGCCAUCUUGCCUUAAAGAAUGAUCAGCAUUUCAGCUUACAGCUUCAAAGAUUUCUAACAGAAUAACAACUAUAGCACUUAUUUUAUGAAUUCUUUCUACAGAUAUUUAAUGACAACUAAUAAUCAUUUUUAACUUGACUGAGUGUUUUUGAUUAAAAACCUUGAUUAAAAUACAAACUGAAUUCA